AUGUCCGCCCAAGACGCCGGCAUCCCCUUGACCCAUGCCCCGGACUCGCGCGGGUACAAGCUCAUGGAGCUUCCCCCCGAGCUCGAGGCCAUGCUGGCUGCCGAAGAUGCUCCGGUCGUCACACUUACCUCCACCCCCACAACAGCCCUUCUCAAGGCCGAAGACAGGACCUACAAGCUCCUCCAGAAGAACACCUCCAACUCGCUCAUCCUCCUUGCCCCUCACGCCUCUACGCCACCCGGCUCAGACACCCCCGCCGUCGGUCUCGGCGCCAUCGCCACAGUCCACGAGACCAUUGAGCUCGUCGCCCAGACAGAGCCGCAGACCAUAUCCAACCUCAAGAACACGGGCAGCAAGGGCAAGUGGCACGAGAAGUUCGGCCGGGGACGCUAG